AUGAAGGAUCUAGGUCCGCCAAAAUACUUCCUUGGCAUUGAAUUCGAGACACACCCCAAUGGCAUGUUCCUUCACCAAACCGCAUAUGCCUCGGAUAUUCUUCACCAAGCUGCCAUGAGUAACUGCAACUCCAUGCCGACUCCACUUCCGCAACAGCUUACACAGCUCAACUUGGAACUGUUUGCAGAACCCACUUACUUCAGAAGCCUUGCUGGAAAAAUCCAAUACCUGACAAUAACUCGCCCCGAUAUUCAGUUCGCUGUAAACUUUGUAUGUCAGUGUAUGCACGCCCCAACAGUAUUAGACUUUGGUCUACUCAAAUGCAUCCUAAGGUAUCUCAAGGGAACUAUCAAUAUGGCCCUACACAUACGAAGAGAUACAAAUAUAUCUCUAUCUGCUUACUGUGACAGUGAUUGGGGAGGUUGCAAGACCACUAGACGAUCAACCUCAGGCUUCUGCACCUUGCUUGGACCAAAUCUGAUCUCAUGGUCAGCAAAACGCCAGCAAACAAUGUCAAAUUCCUCUACGGAAGCAGAGUAUAGAGCACUUACCACUGCAGCUCAAGAACUCACCUGGCUUUCCUUCCUUCUCAGAGACCUUGGCAUCUACCAAUCACAUCCUACACUGCUGCAAUGUGACAAUCUAUCGGCAGUCUACCUCAGUGCCAAUCCAGCUCUACACAAUCGAUCAAAAAGUUUCGACAUAAACUACCAUUAUAUACGAGAACAAGUUGCCAUUGGCUUAAUUGAGACAAGACACAUUCCUGCUACCUUGAUGCUUGCAGAUAUCUUCACCUAA